AUUGAUAUCGUUGAGAUUUUAAUUUGGUUAAAACUUUUCGUCUUAUCUUAUUAGUAAUUAUAACAACAAACUAUAGUUUUCUCUAUAAAGGUCUAUUAAGUGUUUGCUCCAGAAAUAUGGAAAACUCGUUCUUUGAAUAUCGUGACAUAACCGGUGUUGCUGAAGUAUCAGAUGGUGAAAUUGAAAAUAGCGUAUUAGAUGAAUCCUAUGCGCCUAAAAAGACUCCAGCCAAAAAGAACCAAACAAUUUUUAUUCCUGAAUCAGACGAAACAGCUGAAGAAUCUGAUGAUGAACAAAGAGAUAUAAGUAUUGUUAAUAGUAGUGAUGAGGAUGCGCCUCUGAAAUUAAAUGCAUUUAUGUCUCCAAAGAAACUUGUUCUAAGCUCUUCUGAUGAUGAAUCAUUACCAGGUGCAAAUGUCUCAAAAGCAUCCAUUAGAUCAUCAAGAUCAUCUGACCAAUCAUUCAUUGGGCAUAAAAAGAAAAAACGAAUAUUGCAACUAGAUUCCGACACUGAUAACUCUAUUAUUAUUGAACAUAAUAAAAGUAAAAAAGUUGCCUGCUUAAAACCUACACCAGCAAAAAUUAUUGGAAAGAAGGCACUUGAAAAUAUGAAUAUGAGUUAUGAUAGCAUUCGGAGUGAUGUGGAAUAUGAUGAUGAUCAAUCUAAACUUGACCAAACUGAUGAUGAUGAUAAAAGUGAUAAGGAAAAUGCACCUUAUAAUUCGAAUAGACAGAGUACUUUAAGUACUGUAAAAGACUACAAUGAUGAAAAGUCACAUGAAGCCAGCAUUGUGUAUGAGAGUGACGAUACACAAAAUAAUACUAGAGAUUAUAAAAUUAUUAAUACUGCCAAUAAAGAAGUGUCUUUAAGAAAUGACAAUGACUCGACUAACAAUAUUAUACAUAACAAUGAUUCAGAUACUGAAGAAUAUGAAAUUGAAACCUCUGAGAUAAACAAAAAUAAUGAUAGUGAGGGAGACAAACCUAAUGAUAAUGAUGACGACCAUAAUGACGACGAACUAUUUAUGUCGCGUGCGACGAGAAUGAGUAUAAUAGGUUUUGUUCCAAAGGACAAUGAAAGUGAUGAUUCUGAUUAUAUAGAAUCUGGCAAUUCAACUCACUCGCAUUCAUCUGCAAGUAAUGAAUUACCAGAUUCCAGUAUUAAUGUCAGCCAAAUGUCCAAAUUAAGGGAUGACUCCAGGAUUUCUUGUUCACCAUUCUCGAGUCCUAAACAUGACAAGUCACCGAAGAGUGAUAGUAAUGAAGUGGUGGAUUUGACCCAGUUAGAGGACCCUGACGAUUUAAAGAGCAGGAUCCAAGGGAAAUUAAAAGGGAAUUUCAAAGAAAAUAUAAUAGAUGAUGAAGUGACAAUCAUAGAUACAAAGCCUGAGGUGAUCGCUUUGAGCAGUGAUGACGAUGAUGAUGUUAAACCCAAGAAAUCGCCUAAAUCGCCAAAAGAGGGCAAACAUGUACAGCAAGAUAUGAAGCAGUAUAUUAUUCCAUCAAGUUAUCCCAAUCAAGUUGUGUAUGUGAAGCGUCAUGUUCGAGAGAACGAGGCCAGCAAGCUCAACGGACUUCGGGAAGAUUUGCAAAAUGUUAAGUACCUUCUGGAGACUAUGGAUUUGGACACCUUGCCGGAUGGCGGAAGCAGACUAAUCGAACGGCUCUCCAUUCUGGAGGACGAAGUUCGACGCCAGGGGGAAAAAGUUGCUAGAAUGGUUGUCGAAGAAGAGCCAUCGGCAAGUGGAACGAAGCAAGAGCCGAAAGAUGAGAAAGUCCUAACAUGGGACGACUUGCAGAAUGCUGGUAAUGCAGUACAGCCGAGGAUGUUUGGAAAACAGGCUAUGUCAACUCACAUGGCCGAGCGUACCUCGAUUUUGGAGAGUCUUCGUGACUUAUACGAGUCGCUUGCCUCUUGCCCAUCGGAAGACAAACAUGCCCCCCAACCCCGCUUGGUGGCAACUAAGCUGAUGCCGCAUCAGCUGCAUGCUCUGGCGUGGCUCUUGUGGAGAGAGAAGCAGCGGCCUUGUGGAGGGAUAUUGGCUGAUGACAUGGGUCUGGGUAAAACUAUCUCGAUGAUAUCCCUAAUGGCCACCGACAAGGAGACGAGCAUAGACCGCGAUGAUGAUGAAGAAGGGCGCUCCAAGUUGGUCCACGGUGGCACAUUGGUCGUAUGCCCUGCAUCAUUGAUGCAGCAGUGGGCUGGCGAAGUCCAAAAGCACUGCACCAGUAAUGCUUUGUUAGUCUGUCUGCAUCACGGUGCUAAACGAGCAACACAGGCCCCGAGGCUUGCCCAAUACGAUCUCGUUUUGACCACAUAUAAUAUAUUGCAACGGGAAAGUGAGAAGAAUGGCGUACUCACGCGCAUACUAUGGCGCCGGUUGAUCUUGGAUGAAGCACACGCAGUCCGCAAUUACAAGUCGUUGACAUCAGUUGCGGUGUCUGCGUUGAAGGGAAAACGGCGUUGGGCGUUGACAGGGACUCCUUUGCAUAACAAGGACUUAGAUCUAUUCGCACUUAUCAAGUUCCUGCGUUGUUCGCCAUUUGAUGAAUUGCAUAUGUGGAAGAAGUGGAUCGACAACAAAAGUAUGGGCGGACAAGAGCGCCUAACCACAAUAAUGCGCGGCGUGAUGCUCCGCCGCACGAAGGUGCAACUCCAAGAGAAAGGCCAGCUCACGUGUCUGCCGAAGCGAGAAGCACACUCCGUUGAGGUCACUCUCAACAAGGAUGAGAUGAACGUCUAUCAGAAGGUGUUGGUCUUCUCAAAGACUCUUUUUGCUCAAUACCUCCACCAGCGUGCAGAAAAGCAAGAGGACGUUCGAGGAGGUUAUGUUCCUUCCCAAAAGGAUUCGGCGUACCAUAAGAUGCAUAAGAAAAUGGUGGCUUUACAAGGUGCGGCACCUGUCAAAUCUCACGAGAUCCUGGUACUCCUACUGAGGUUGAGGCAAGUCUGCUGCCAUUGUGGCCUGAUAGCAGUAAUGCUGGAUAGCAAUGACAUAGAAAACCUUCAGGAGGACCUUGGAGGGCAGGAUCUGUUGGCUGAGCUUAAUAAGUUGAGUCUUGAAGACUCCAAGACGGGACGCAAGAAGUUAGACAAAGAUGACUCCGACAGCGAAGAGGAGACGAAAGAGAGCACGACCGUGACAGAAGCUAUCCGUUCAGUGAUGUCUUCCAACAACCCCGUGUUCAAAUUGGACCGGCAGUCCUCUAAGAUAAAGGCUGUUAUGGAGUGUCUCAAUGAAAACGUCUUGAGCAAACCAGGUGAAAAGGCAGUGGUGGUGUCGCAAUGGACGUCCGUACUUAGUCUGGUCGAGCGAGAACUGAAAGCUAUGAAUGUUCAGAACGUGACCCUGAGCGGGAAGGUUUCAGUCCCCAAGAGACCGCCACUUAUUGAUGCUCUUAAUGAUCCUCAAAGCAAAGUUCGGGUAAUGUUGCUAUCUCUAUGCGCUGGUGGCGUCGGCUUGAAUCUUUGUGGUGCCAACCAUUUGCUGUUGUUGGACCCACAUUGGAACCCACAACUCGAGGAACAAGCCCAGGAUAGGAUAUACCGGGUGGGGCAGAAGAAAGACGUCCAUAUAUACAGAUUUAUGUGUGUAGAGACAGUUGAACAGUCGAUCCGGAAACUGCAGGAAGCCAAACUCAAGUUAGCGGAAAAUGUAUUGACUGGAGCUCGUCACAAUGCCUCUAAACUCACGAUCGACGACCUCAAGGAACUGUUUAAUAUGAAUCCGAAACGUCAUGAAGAUGAUGAUGCUUAAAUACGGACCUAAGAUGAGAGGGCGUUGGUUUGUUGCCAGUUCUUCCAAUUGAUAAUGGAACCAGCCAAGAUCAUAAAUUAAGAUAUGUUAAAAUGCGGGCAUUUCACAGAAUACAUUAUUUUUGAGUCUUUUUUUCAGGUAACUGCGAACUGUCAGUGUCACCUGAUAUUUGUGAUAUGUCAAAUAAAUAAUCGUAUAUUUUGUAAAUAUUAUUAGUUUUUAAUUAUGAGUAUUUGUUUUGGUUUUUUUUAAUUGUGAAGUUUUGUCACCAACCAAGAGUAGUAGAGAGGAAUCUGAUACGCCGAAAUAAUUACACAAAACACUGUCGCAUAAAUUAACGCGUAUUUACCACACAAUAAUAAUACACUUGUGUCGCUAUUGUAUUUAUUAAUUGGCCUGAAAAAAGCUUCUGAAAUCCAGCAAAUAAUUAUGCAUUUUUAUUUUCUACUAUUAGUUGCACUUGCGAAAGAAUUUGACCUGAAAGUGUCACCUCACCUCUAGUUCAAGUAUUAUCGAGAAUUAUUUAAUUCAAUCCGCCUCCAUCUAUCCUCGUUUAAGUAUCCUUUUGUUUAAUUUAUGUAAAAAGCUUAUUUGGAAUUCUUUUAAUAUUUAGCUAGUAUCGUUUAAACAGUCUAUAAAUAAUCUAUAUGUUUUUACGAUGUGCCACGACCAAAGCGGUGUAUAUAAUGUUAAUUUAAUAAAUGAUUUUAAACUA